AUGUUUCGCAGAGCGCAACUUAUUUUAUUAAUUUUUGUUGCUAUUAUCUACUGUGUAUGUGGUGACAAUGAAGCGAUCAAGAAGUAUGGGAAAAGACAUGUCGGCGCGAGUAACUACCAAAUGUGCCUCGAAAGUUUUGACAUUCAUAAAGACAAGAUUAUCAAAACCCAGGACUCUCGUAAAAUGGGUGCUAAGCAUUUGAAUGUGAUGGACGUUGAUUCCCAAUUGGAUUGUCUGAGAUAUUGCUGUGAAACUGAACGGUGUGAUGUGUUCAUUUUUGAAGAAAAGAAACCUGGUAGUUGCUAUCUCUUUGAAUGUGGUCCACUUCAUGACUUUAAAUGCAAAUUUACAAGACAUGCUAAUUAUACCAGUGCUGUACGUACCAGUUAUCCCAUACAGAAUAUACAAGCAGAAGAAGAAAUUAGAAUAUCUCAACAAGAACAUGAGUUAAAAUCACUUAGAAAAAAUAAUGAUAUUACUUCAGAUUAUGGAUUUACAGAGGCUUCCAUCAAAUCUAUAGUUACACAGAUACCAAAAAUAAUAUUAACUACUCCUCCGCCGAUUAAAUCAGCUUGUAGCAGGAAUCAAUAUGAAUGUCGUUCAUCUGGAGACUGUAUAGCUAUAUACAAUGUUUGCGACGGUAUUCCGCAAUGUGCAGACGGCUCCGAUGAAGCAGCCGAUCUCAUAUGUCCCACGGAGAAACCAGUGGUGAUGCCUUCAAUGAUACAAGCACCACAGCCACCUGCUGAUAUUAUAAGAUAUCAACAGAUUAUCGAUCAGCACAAGCCGCCACCCUUUGUCCCUUUCUAUCCUGCUGGAUCUGAGAUUAAUUCUAAAACUUGGGAGAUACCUGGCAAUAUGGCCCAUAAAAUGUCACAACCACAGAAUAUGUUAUAUCCCGGUCAGCCAGUAGAGAUACAAACGCAAAUGCGUAAGAAUUACGGGUCACCAGGUUAUCAGUGGGAUUACCAGCCAUUGUACGAGCAAAACAAAGAGUCGUAUAUUCCUGUAAAUUCAUUCCAAGAACAGAAUAUAAAUCCUUACGAACAGCAAUCACAUAUAUUUAAUCAUAAAGGCUCGAGCGUUUUAGGAAACAGUGAAGCGGAUAGAGGUCUUUACAUGGAUUCCAAACAUCUGUAUAACUCGCGUUUCCCACCCCCAAACAAAGGGACUUGGCAAGAGAAUCAGAUGCUGUUGUCACCGUCUGCAUCUCCUGCAGCAAAUUUUGAAAACAAGCAAAUCGAUAAUGCAGAAAACAUUGCAAAAACUACAACGAUAUCUGUCUGUGAGACUUCUGAGGAGCAUAAAAGUGAAUUGACACAAAAUACAGAAUUCGAUAAGAAAAAAGAAGUAGAUACACAUUUAGCUCACACAAAGCAUGUGAGCAAACAAGUGACUGGAAAACCAAAUUUAUCAGCAAACAAUGACUAUGUUACUAAACAUAGUCAUUCAAAAGACUCUAAAGAUCAGAAGAGUGUAAUUGUGAUCGAGGAGCAUGCUAGAACACAUGAGAGAACUGACAUUAUCUCGGAACGUGUUCAAAUAAUCGAAAACGACCCUAAAGGAGCCAUGGUGUCAUUAACGUUGGGACUUAUAGCAACCGUUAUCGCGGUUUUCUUAAUUAGUUGCGGUUUUAGGGUAGUGAGGAGACGGCGUGGAAGAUGCGGGCACGGACCUUAUGCGCAUGAUGCCGAUUACUUGGUCAAUGGAAUGUAUUUAUAAGUAAAUAAGGAGGAAUCUAGUCUUAAAAGAAUCUAGUCUUAAAAGAAUCUAGUCUUAAAAGAAUCUAGUUAUAAUCUAGUUUGAGCAUGUUUAUCAUAUUUUUACACUAUUGUAAGUAUUUCCAUGACUAUGCUCUAGAAUGGUGAAAUUUUUACCGAUAUUUGCGCUUGAGUAAAAUAACAUUCCUUGAGUAAAAUAAAUGUAAUUAGAUUAUGACAUGCUUACUUACGUCGUAUAAAAUUAUAAAUGUUUCCGUGCUUGUGAGGUUACUGACAAUAGUAUCUUUUAAUAUAAGAAUAUAACAAAUGAUAAAUAUCUUACAUAAAGUAGCUCUAUCGAUUCUUUUGUAUAUUUGUCAAAUUCCUACUUUUUAUCUAAAUAAUUGUUAUCUAAAUAAAAAUUGAAUUCUUAUAGGAACAUUGUGCAGUGUGAUCGAUAAAAACAACUUAAAUUGUUACACAUUUUUUCAUUCAAAAAUAUUGAAGAUAAUAUAUACAUUACUAUAUGGAUACAAGAGAUUGUUCAUAGUUUAUGUUGUAUGUAGAAACCGCUAGUAAAACAUCUAUCAUAAUCCAAAUUCUAUAUUAUUUUAUAUAUUUCAAUU